GAACUUUGGUAAGUGAAGAAGAGGAGAAGAAGAAAAAACAUCUCCCCACCCCCACGGCAAAAAAAGGGAGACCGCCCACCAGAGACAGUCAACCCGAGACCCCUUAUAGAUUUAAAAAGAGAGGCUGCAUUCUCAGACUGACACUUAUUCAACAGUGUUACCUUAAGCAGAUUACUUUUUUUUUGUUGCGCUGCCUCGCAGGGUCAAAACAGGCGCUUUCGCGUUGCCGCUCCGACUGCCGCCGCUUCUUCUCUUCCUCCUCCUCCUUCUCCUCCUCCUUCUUCUUCUCCUCUUUUCUCCUCUCUUUCCACUUUGCCUUCUUCCUCCAUCAUGUUUGGGAUGCUGAAAGAUCACCUCCAGCCGGGCUUGUUCUGCUUCUUCGUGUGGUUCUGCCACCUCAUGGAGCAUCAGAAAGUUCAAGCUGGUAACUGCUGGUUGCAGCAGGGCAAGAAUGGCCGCUGCCAAGUUCUCUACAUGCCCGGGAUGAGCAGGGAGGAGUGCUGCAGGAGCGGGAGACUGGGCACGUCCUGGACCGAGGAGGACGUCCCCAACAGCACGCUGUUCAGGUGGAUGAUCUUCAACGGCGGAGCCCCCAAUUGCAUACCUUGCAAAGGUGGAGAGUCGUGCGAUAACGUGGACUGCGGGCCGGGCAAGAGGUGCAAGAUGAACAGGAGGAGUAAGCCGCGCUGCGUUUGCGCGCCAGACUGCUCCAACGUCACGUGGAAGGGACCCGUGUGCGGCUCGGACGGGAAGACCUACAAGGACGAGUGCGCGCUGCUCAAGGCCAAAUGCAAAGCGCACCCCGACCUGGACGUGCAGUACCAGGGCAAAUGCAAAAAAACAUGCCGAGACGUGCUGUGCCCGGGCAGCUCCACCUGCGUGGUGGACCAGACCAACAACGCCUAUUGCGUGACGUGUAAUCGGAUCUGCCCCGAGGUCACGUCCCCUGAACAGUACCUGUGCGGCAACGACGGCAUCGUGUACGCCAGCGCCUGCCACCUGAGGCGGGCCACCUGCCUGCUGGGCCGAUCCAUCGGGGUGGCCUACGAGGGCAAAUGCAUCAAGGCCAAGUCAUGCGAUGACAUCCAGUGCGGCGGCGGCAAGAAGUGUCUGUGGGACGCCCGCAUGAGCCGAGGACGCUGCUCGCAGUGCGAAGGCACGUGUCCCGACAGCCGGACGGACGAGGCGGUGUGCGCUAGCGACAACACCACCUACCCCAGCGAAUGCGCAAUGAAACAGGCCGCCUGCUCCGAGGGGGUGCUGCUGGAGGUCAAGCACUCGGGAUCUUGCAACUACACACCACCAAGCACAGCUUUCGCAAGGAGAACGGACUUGGAAUGGAACGGACUUGCAUGAUGUUGUCUUUUUUUUUUUCUUUUGAACCCCCCGCUCCCCCCUCCUCCUCCCCCGUGUACUUCUGCAAAGCAUUAUAACAGAGAGACUAAUUCAGCACGAGUGAGGUGGGAGUUUACAGUGGUCAUAUGUAGAGAUCCACAUGUAUGUGAUGAGUGCCGGAGUAUAUUUUUGCCUUAAAUCUCAUUCAGCCGCGCAACUGAUGGAGUGGUGUAGGCGGCGGGCAUUUGGACUCCUCAAUUUCACAAAUACAGGCCAUUUAGCUGGCCUCUGAAUGUUCUGAACUCCUAUUUCCAUGUCAGUAUUGUACCGGGCAGAAUAAUGCUGCCCAGGGGAGGCCACACCAUCCAUCCAUUUUUUUUUUCUAUUAACGCUUGUCUUUCAGUAGGGUUGUGUUGGGGUCCACCCCAGCCAACUUUGGGGCAACAGGCGAGGUAUACAGUGGACCUAUUCAAAUAUUUGCACCCCCCCCCCCCCCAAUAUUUUUGUAAUUUAAAAAGAAAAUCUUUUUGAGGUUUUUUUUUGGGGGGGGGCAAACCCCGUUUUUGUGCAAAACACAUAUUGGAGGUUGAUUCGCAUUUUGAUUUAAUUUUUGGGAUUUAAAAAAAAAAGAAGAAAAAGGAGAGAGAAAUCCAAUGCAUUUCAAUGGCCGUCAAUUUUGCGCAAAGGUUCACUAUUUUGAUAUUCGCCGGUCCCUGUCCCUCGACUGUAUCCCAAACAUCUAUGGACAAUUUUCUUCAACGAAGUUAACGUGCGGCCAAUCGCUAGACGUUAGACAAACAGGCAUUUUCACUCAAAUUCAAACCUAUGGUAUGAAUAAAUUCACAGUGUUCACUGAAACUAAAAUGCAUGUUUUUGGAAUGUGGAAUGACUUUGGCUGGACAAACAUCAACCGUUCAUAUCGUGCAUUCUAUAUUUUCAUAACACAGGUUGUCUCAACAACCAAUGAAGCGAUGUAUGGUUUAUUAUUAUGCCCAUCCGUAGUUGCAAAUUCCCCCUAUGACCUUACUAGCGUAUUUGUGUGCUUUUGGUUCAGUUUUUUUCUAUAAAUAUGUUUUAUUUUGGUCCACUGAAAAUCAAUCAUUUCUAAUGUUUCUUGUGAAUAUGCCGCCAACCAUUUUAACCGUAUUCACGUGAUGGUGAUUGUAACAUUGGUGUCGUGACGGGUCAAGACGAACGGCAAAUUUGAACCUUGCUAAUCGCGUGCAGACUACCUAUCUAUCUGGAGAGCAGACGGCGUUUGUCGGGAGGGAGGAGGACCGGGGGGAGGGGGGUGGUGCUGGAGGUUAAGCGGUGUUGAAAUUGAGCAAGAGCCCUGAAGGAAGUAUCGCAUUUACAUUCCAUGUUGCUCCACUCAAAAGAAUGUCUCAUUGUUAGCUUCUCGUGCUAUGACACCAGAGGGACCAACAUUACGAUCACCUCAUGGGCUGAAUAUUUCUCAAUUUGAUAUUUUAUGGAGGAAGUUCACCUACGCCCUCCUUUCAUCGUUUAAAAAAAAAAUCAAAAACAAAAAAAAAAUACUGUCAUUGCUGUUUUCCACUGAAUGUGAUAUACCAUGUUUGAAUGUUUGGAUUGACGAGGGAUAUCCUUUUUUUGUUGUUUUGUAAUAUAUAUAUAUAUAUAUAUAUAUAUAUAUAUAUAUAUAUAUAUAUAUAUAUAUAUAUAUAUAUACUGUCACCUUGCUUUGCUUUGAUUUUUUUUGUCUAAAAUGUAAAAAAAAAAAAAUGUAGAAAGGAAAUCCCAUACCUCAGAUUUGUGUUGAUGAUGUUUUGAGCUGCAUGCCGAGCCCCGCGCCGUGACGCCUCCUGCGCUCACCAAGAACGACAACAAGCUACAUACAUCGCAGAAAAGCACCAUGCCCCCCACUCCCACCCACAAAUUCACCCCGAUCCACUGGACCCCGAACCCUAUGAUGAACCCCAUCACUGUCACCUCACCUCCGUUCUUCCACCCCCUACCCCUCUCACCACCCAUUUUGUAUACCCACUGACUCGCUAGUGAUUUGUGUUGUGGUCCGUAUUCAUACAACGGCUAUAUUCCUUCAUAUAGCCAUCAGAGAAGAGCAGGAGGAAGAGGAGGACGAGGACGACUACAAGACCUAUGUGGGUUUACCUUCUAUACUGGAUGGAUAGCCUCCCAAGCAACCCCCAACCCCAACAUGAUCCCCCACCCCUCUCCGCCGCCCCACUCGUACCACCUCGCUCCGCCACCACUCCCCCCUGCUCAUGCCAGUCCCAAGGAACCAUGUCCAUACUGUACAUGAUGUGUAUGCUUAUUUAUUUUUAAACAAAAAGGAAGUAUACAUAUAGUCCAGUCUGCUAGAUGUUUAUUUAUACUUUUUUCGUGUUUUCUUAUUUAUACAUUUACAAUGUCAGGCUUACAAUCUACCACUCAUUUUCUCCUUUUUGUUGUUGUUGUGCUUUUUACUUUCCGUUCCUUUUUUUUCUAUUACCAUGAAGAAAUAUAUUUGUCCAAAGAGAAACAGUGUUAUUUAUUUGUCACGUUACCAUGUAAGUAUGAGUCCUCGACAAAUGCUGUAAAUUGCAUUCCGCUUUCAUUCAGCUGUAAAAAGAAAAAAAGAAAGAAAGAAAGAAAGAAAAAGAAAAUCUGCUUGUUCCUGUCAAAUCGCUAUCACAGAUGUUUAUGUCACACCAACGUAAAUGCAUGUUUGGGCUGUGUGUUUAUUUAUUGGGAAUAUAUCAACGUUUGUUUUUUUUUGUUUUCUUUUUUUUAAUGUACAGAUGUAUUUCUAGUUUGUUUACAGUUCAUAAUAAUAACUGACCAAAGGGAGACUGUCAAUGUUUUUUUUUAAACAACACAGCAGUAAUUAAAACGGAAGCGAAAAAUUAAAAAGCCAUUUGAAUUUUCUUUUCAUGUUUUUCAGUUCACAUUUAGCCCUUUAGAUUCGUCAGCGUUCUAUAAUCGCAUUUAUAUUGUCGCAUUAGAACAACAAGACAAAAAACAAAACAAAAAAAAGAGGUAUGUUUGGGAUGAUACUUGACGACUUUGGAAACAAUGUGCCAUUAACAUUUGUGUGCUGUUGUCUUUCUCCUAUGCCAAUGUUGCUCUCGCAGAGCUCUGGUAGGAUAAAUGCAUGUUUUACUGCAGUAUUCAACACAAUAUCACACUUUGUCACUCUUGUUUGUUUUGUUUCUUUUUUUUCUUCGGAUUUAAUGUUGAUUUUAAAGCAUCAGCAAGAGAAAUACAAAAUUCUGUUAUGAAUAUAUAGUUUUGUAUUUUUUAUGUAAAUGUCCUAUGUACAUACAAAAAAGUUUGAGGAUAUUUGUACAGAUAUCAAGAGUAAAACAAUAAAAGUUUUUUUUUCCUUA